UCGAUGGCUUCUCCUCUUGGCCAGGGUGGGAAUUGCUCGUAAGCAAUUUUUAAGUUAGUGCUGGGCUUUGCUCCCGCCCUGGCACUGCCUCUGGGUGUGAAUCCCAGCUCCAUCACUUCCCUCCUUCCCACGGGCUCCAGGCUGUUCCCAGGGAUGUGCAAACUGCUGCCAGGAUCCAUCCCCUCCCAAGUCCGGGAGGAGCCGUGGGAGAGGGCUGCGAUACGUGGCUGUGGAGAGCAUCUGUGACGUGCCUGUGACUGUUGCCAGAAGAGCACUUCCGGAGCAAAAGCAUUGUCAAAAAAGGCCAAAUCACUGAGCUACUUUCAUUUUUGACUGAAGGCAGCGCAGGAGGAAACGAGUGGCAGGCUGGGACGCAGAGUGACAUUUUCGUUUGGGUUUCAGACAGGGAAAUGCUUGCCUUGGAUUGGGAUGAGCCCUCCAGACACACCGGGUGACGGCGAAGCAGCUCCUGCCCCAGCCCAGAGCCCAUGAAAGAGCGCUGAGCCUCCAGGUUGUGCUCCAGCAAAGAUGCUCUCUCGUUUCUACCUCCACUGCUCUCUGCUGGCUUUUAUUCUUUACGGUUUAGUUUUCCAAGUUCAUGAGCUGCAGUCAGCUUUGCUCAACGUGACAGGACCCCCUGGCCCCAUCAUCGUGGCCAUGGGCGAGGACGUGGUGUUGCCCUGCCACUUCUCCCUGAAGCAGGGGACACGGGACGUGGAGGUGGUCUGGUUUCGGGAGCACUUCUCACACUUUGUGCAUCGCUACAAGGGGGGCCAAGACCAGUACGGGGAGCAGAUGCUUCAAUACCAAGGGCGCACCGAGCUGCUGAAGAAUGGCCUCGCCAAGGGCAGCGUGGACUUGAAAAUUUUCCACGUCCGACUGUCUGACAAAGGGAAUUACACCUGCUUUAUUCAACAGGGCUUGGAUUAUGAUGAGGCUGUGGUGGAGCUGAAGGUGACAGCCAGUGGUUCUGCCCCGCUCAUCACGCUGGAGCACUACCAGGACGGGGGGAUCCGGGUGGCCUGUCGCUCGGCCGGCUGGUACCCGCAGCCCCAGGUGCGGUGGCAAGACCCCCACGGGCAGCAUCUCCCAGCCCUCUCAGAAGUUGUCACCCGGGACCAGAGCGGACUCUUUGCAGUGGAAAGCAGCAUAAUCUUCACCAGGGGUGUGAACCAGAAACUCUCCUGCUCGGUCCGCCAUGCCCUGCACAGCCGGGAACAGGGAUCAGCUUUUUACAUCUCAGAUCCCUUUUUCCAAAAUGCCCAUCCUUGGAUGACUGCUCUGGGCGUGGUUCUGGUUGCUGUGGUUGCUCUCCUUAUUGUCGCUGUUUAUCUAUUUAAAAUUAAAGGAAAGCACGAGAAAAAUAUAGCACUGCAAGAGGCAGUUCUGCGUGAUCGUGAUGCAGAAAUUGAGAAGCAAGCUGAAGAACUUGCAUGGAGAAGAUAUGCAGUGCCUAUAGAAAAAGCGAAUGUGGUUCUAGAUCCAGACACAGCCCACUGUGACCUUGUCCUGUCUGACGACUGCAAAAGUGUGAAACGAGAAGACACGUUGCAGGAUAUCCCCGACAUCCCUGAGAGAUUUAACCCAUGGCGCUGCGUGCUGGGCCGUGAAGGCUUCGCCUCAGGAAGAUACUACUGGGAAAUAGAGGUGGUGGAUGGAGCAGGUUGGACUGUGGGGGUCUCCAGAAAAGAUGUGAAAAGGAAGGGUGAUAUUGAGUUUAAACCAGAGGAGGGCAUCUGGGCAGUGGGGAAGUGGGCAGGGAACUUCCAAGCUCUCACAUACCCCAAUCGCACUCCCCUUCCUGAAAUCCAGACACCCAAGCGGAUCCGGAUCUCUCUGGAUUAUGAAGAGGGACGGGUGGCAUUUUUCAGUGUUGAUGAGGAGAUUCCCAUCUUUACGUUUCCACUGACAUCAUUUGAGGGGAUAGAAGUCCACCCUUGGGUCUGGCUGGGUCCUGGGACGUGGCUCAAAAUGUGGCCCUGAUGAAGGGCAGGAAGUAAGAGAAGGCUUUUUUUAGGGGAUGUCAGGAGUUCAGACUCACAGAAGGAUUUAGGUUAGAAGGAACUUGUGGAGGUUUCUGUUGCAACCACCUGCUCACAGCAGGACUAACCUUAGGUGUCUUUGGACCUUGUUCAGCUGAAUUGUGUAGGAUCUUCAAGGGCGGAGAUCUUGUUACCUCUCUGGACCUCUCUCAUGGUGCUGCACCUCUCUCAAGGGGAAGAAUUAAGAAUCCUUAAGUUUGGUCAGAGUUUCCCCAACUGCAACUUGUGACUAUUGCCUUUCAUCCUCACUCUCUACCUGUUGAACAGCACUCCCACUGAAAAGACACCCCCGCAACAGAGACUGCUUUUUAAAUGUACAAAAUAAAGUUACUUCAGUGGGA